UUCUUCUAUAGCGGUGACGGUGGCGGCUGCGGUGGUCGACCCGUGUAUACAAUCACGGUGUGUGUAAUUUGUACAUGUUUGGGAAAAAAAUAACACAUAUAUUAUAUUAUUAUCCCGGAUACGUGAUAACGUUCGCGGCCCGACCAUCGUCUGUCUCUCAUUUGUUGUUGUUUUCGUACGGCAAUUAGUGCAAUUUUUUAAAUUUCCGUUAGUUUUAAUUAUUACAGUUUGUUAUGUUUAAAGCGAUUAAGUUUGUUCAUGUAUUGUUUACAUUAUAUUAUUGUGAUAAGAUUUACGUUAACUAGAUUAAAAGAGGAUUCACGUAAAACUCACUUCGCAUUGCAGUAGCAUUAGAAAUUUAAAGAAGAAAUUAUGAGUUUUCGUAUUGUUCAAAAAUUACCACUACUCUUGCCAGAGCAUCAGUUCAUUGCCUUCGUUGAAUGACAUCUUAGCUAUACAGGACUAGUUUACCAAAACCACUUUCACAAUGUUUAACUUUAUGAAGAAAAAUACGGGAUCACACAACAACGGUGUGAACAAUGGCAGUAGUUCUGGAUAUGGAUCUCAGGGUUCAUCUAAUAACCAAAUCGAAGAGAAAGAGCAACGAAAAAAAAUGAAAAAAAUGCGAAAAGAAAAAGAAAAAAAGGAAAAAGGGAGCUUUAGUAUGUCAUCAGAUGAUUUAUUAAGACUAGAUGAGGUGAGAAAAUCAUUAAAGUUACGCAGUCGACGCAAAGAAAAAGAAAAACUCCCAAGUGGAAUAACUGCAGAUUAUAGUGCCAACUUUUUUGCUCCGUUGAAUCGUGAUGAGACUGAUGACUCUACCAAUACACCUCCCCUACCACCCCGUCGUGGAAUUUUAAAACCACCUCCUAUUUUGGAACAUGGUCUAAUACAGGAUCUAGAUUCAGAUUCCUUGCUACAAACUAACACUUUAAAAAAUGAACUAAUAGUUUAUGAAAAUGUGCCUAGGGUGUCUAGUAUUGAUAGCCUUACAGAUUCAACAACUAAUAGCAGUUUUGCUACUCCAUUUAACCUUAGUCCUUCUGGAAAUGAAUAUUUAACAGAUGAGUUUGAUGAAAACUUAAAACUACCUUGUGUACCAAUGAUAAAAAUUGAGCCUCGCACAUUAACCAUUAAAAGACGGGCUGGUCCAGGCAGUGAUUUCGGUUUUUCAUUACGACGAGGACUUGUGUCUGAAAAUACAUCAAAAAACCUGAAACCUGUAAUUUUUGCUGAACCAGGUCAAGACAAAUCACAUUAUACUGGCCUUUUACCAGGAGAUAAACUUUUGGAAGUUAAUGGAAGUCCUGUGUCGGAAAAAAAUAGAGAUGAAAUCAUUGAUAUGAUUAAAUCAUCGGAAACUAGUAUUACUGUUAAGGUGGAACCAGCUAUGGAGCUUUAUGAGCUAAGUAAUAGCUACUUGAAUAGUCAAACAGCUGAAAAUUAUUUAACCGCCUCUAGGCCAGACGUGGAAUUCAGCGACUUGCCCCAGGACUUAGAAGUGCAAGAUUCGUCCGAGGCGUAUUGGCUGGUGCACAGUGACGGAUUUUCUCCUGUGCAAUACUGCGAUAAAAAAGGCCCCGACGGUAAUGGAAGAGUUUUAGUCAAAGUAUUCGGCGGCAAAGAGUACAGCGUGGAUGAAGACAGCUUAGAAAAGAUGAAUCCAAUGAAAAUUCAAAUGGUUGAUGAUUUAUCUCAGUUAAACUUUAUGAAUGAAUCCAGCAUUUUAAACGUAGUACGCAGUCGAUAUGCUUCCAAUCUCAUUCAUACAUACUCUGGACCUACUAUGUUGGUAGUCAAUCCUGGUACUCCUCUAAAUUUGUAUACAGAUAAAGUUAUGGAUAUGGUAAAAAAUCUUCAUAAAAUCAACAAACAAUCGCCUCCACACGUUUAUGCAAUGGCUCAAUCUGUUUAUAAAUCAGCCGUAACUACACGCAGAGAUCAAUCAUUAAUUCCUAUGGGAUGUCAAGCAAGUGGCAAAACCACUUCAUGUAAACAUAUACUGCAAUAUCUUUUGAAAAUUGCAGCUUCUCCUAAUAAAGUUGUUACUUUAGAAAGGGUAGAAGCUUUAUGGACGGUUUUAGAAGCGUUUGGUAAUGCAGCCAUUACAAACAAUCCAAAUGCCACUAGGUCAGUACAAUUAUUUAGUAUUGAUUUAGACCAAGGAGGACAGAUUGUUUCGAUGUCUAUUCAAAUGCAUUUUUAUGACAAGUGGCGGCUUAUUGAUCAUCCCCCAAAUGAAUUUUCAUUUCACGUGUUUUAUUAUUUGUUGGCUGGCAUAGAAAAUAUUCCUGCUCUUAGGAAAGAACUAUAUUUGGAUCAAAUUAAUGAUGAUUUAAAGGGAGUCGAUAAAGCCCAGGCUGCUGUGGAAUUCACUAGUUUACAGUCAGCCAUGAUGAUACUUGGCUUUACCAAUACAGAACUAAAAGCAAUUUAUGCGGUUUUAGCUGCUAUUAUACAUCUUGGCCACACUAAAAUUGUUAAAAAAGAUAGUAUAUAUAAAGACAAAGUACAGUGGACUUGGAGCAAUUCUGAUGCAGCCAAACGAGCAGCAAAAUGUCUUGGAGCUGGAAAUGCUGACGAUUUGUUUAGUUUGGUAUUUCCUGAUGUCGAAUCAUUUAAAGAACGUGAUAUUGGUGAUCAGCUAAAUGCUUUGGUUAUAGGUCUCUACACUGAGACGUUCAAUUUAGUGGCAUCUAUUAUCAACCGAAAACUAGCUCCAUCAGUACAUUCUCUAUGCUCAAUACUAAUACCAGAUUAUCCUGGAUAUAUUGUCAAAUCACAGUCAGUGUUAACGAUGUUUGAUUUUUGGACUCACUACCUUCACGAGAAGCUAUUAUCAAGUUACCACAAUUAUGCUGUUGUAACACCAUUAGAAAAGUACAAAGUAGAAAAAGUAGAAACAGUGGCUAGUUAUGAAGCGGAAUUUUGUGCUGAAGAUCACAUGCUGAAAUUAUUUGUCGGAGCUAAAGGAGCAAUCGGUUUUGGUCGUAGUCCGUCAAUGGUUGAUUUGAAGCAUGAGCCAUUUCCAGGAUUACUAAGGAUUCUGGAUGAUAUAGCCAGUGAUGUAAAGUCUUCUGACAAGGAUCUAGUUGAAAGGAUUAAUAAUUUGACUAAAGAAAAAUCGUUUUCAAAUAUUUUGAAGAAGGGCAAUCGGUCUGAUGAAUUCAUAUUAAUUCAUUUUCGAGAAGCAAUUCCAAGCACUUAUAGUAUUAAUGGUUGGACCGAUAUGUGUCGGGAUAGCAUGUCAAAAACAGCAAUUGGUUUACUUCAUGAUUCUUCAAAUAUUGACAUCUCAACGGUGUUCUCUAAAAGCCGUGGAGCCGGACUUACUAGCACUUUGGCUAUUGUAGAUGGCACACAGUCACUACGAAGGAUGUCCAGCAUUCGUCGAGCAACAUUUGGUAGUUUGAAUACUACGGCUACUUUAAAACGAAAAUUAACAUCUGUACAAAUACGAUUUUCUGUGGAUGGUUUAAUUGAAACUUUACGUCGUACUGGACAACAUUAUGUACACUGUUUUAUUGCUAAAUGUGAUGCCGGUCACACCAACCGAACCGAUGUAGCGGCCACUCGAGUAUUUCAUUCAUCAUAUAAGUUAACCUCAGCGACUUUAAGUCCUGUUACAAAUAAACCAAAUACGGAUGUUGUCGAUAUACCACUGUUAAGAAAACAAAUGCGUGGUGCUGAUAUUUUGCCUACAAUUCGUUUUUACAAGCAGGGUUAUCCUAUUUCCAUGUUUAUUGUAGAAUUUGUUCGCAAAUUUGCAGUAUUUUUACCAAAUAGUUUAAAAACCGAUGAUGUUAAUGGCACUCUUAAAGACCAUCGACAAAGUGUAACUGAAAUCAUGUCAAAGGCGGACUUAGAUGAAUCAUUGUACAAAGUUGGACUAAAUCAGAUAUUUUUUCGAGCCGGUGUCUUGCAAACACUGGAAUCUCAACGAGACGAAAAAUUAUCCGGUAUCGUCAUACAGCUGCAAGCCCAGUGUCGCGGUUAUCUGGCCCGGAAGGACUAUGCCAAGCGCAAAGUCAACGACAUAGCCAUACGAUGCAUCCAGCGGAAUGUUAAGAAAUUCAUGGUGGUCAGGGACUGGCCUUGGUGGCGGCUUUUGGUCAGGAUAACGCCCCUGUUGAACGUGCACCGCGCCGAAUAUGAGCUCAAACAAAAAUCCGACGAACUGGAUCAAUUGAGAGCCAGGGUGGAUAAGCUGGAACAAGAGCGGUCACAGUUGAAAAAUGAUAACGAAAGGCUCGAGCAGAGAUUGGCCGAGACCACAGCCGAUCUGGCCGAAGAACAUUCCACGGUGACGAUGGUGUCCGAGCGGCUGGAGUUCGAAUCGGCCGAACGGCAGAGACUGGAGAAGGAGCUGCAAGAGGUGCAGGCUGUCAAAACUCGACUGGCCGAAACCAACGAGCAGCUGGAGAUGCAACUGCUGUGCAUGAGAUCCACCGAUCCAUCGCUGAUGUCGUCUUCGUCGUCGGUGGCCGGCACCAUGAGUGACGACGACAGUGCCGUGGCCAACAGCGACAAAGGUGACCAGUAUUACAGGCGGAGGUACGAAAGAGUGUGCCGGGAGUUAGACUACGCCAAGAAGCGGUUGCACCAGCAGCACAAUGACGACAUGGAACAACUAAUGGCCAUGAAGAAACAACUGGAGAAAAAGUUGGCCGGCGUGUACGAAGACGUAGAAGAACAACGUCAAAUUGUCGCUCAAUGGAAACGUAAAGUCAACAAACUGAACUCCGAAUCUAACGACCUCAAACUCAUGUUAGAAGAGAGUAAUUCCAGAAACAAUUUGCUCGAAAAGAAACAAAAAAAAUUCGAUACCGAACUCCAUUUGUUACAAGAGGAACUCAAAAAAGAAAAAGCUCAAAGAGAAAAAAUUACGAGAGAAAAAGACAUGGCCAUAUCCGACAAGUUUGCAAUGGAACAAAAUCUUAGUAGCGCCAAGUUAGAGCUGGAGCUCAAAGAACAGAAAGUGACUGGUUUGAAUCGCGAGCUACAAGAGUUAACGUUUAGCGGUAACACUGAAGAAGAAGUGGCCGCUCUCAAACGGUCCAAACAUCAACUGGAGAGCAAGCUCAAGGACCAAGAAGAAGAAUUGGACGAUCUAGCAGGACAAGUGCAGUUAUUGGAACAAGUAAAAACUCGUCUGGAAAUGGGACUGGAACAGGAACGGAAGGAGCACAGGAGAGAGCUAGCGCAGCGUGAGCAGGAAAACGAAGAGACCCGUUGCUCGGCAGCCAAAAAAAUCAAAGCGUUGGAAUGCGAAAUCGAAAACGAACACGAAGAACGCACUGCCUUAAUAAGAGAACGUCACGACCUGGAGAGGCGCCUGGUGGACGCAGAGGACAGAGAACGCUGCCGAAGCAUGAAUGACCAAGAAUGCAUAGCCCGUUUGAGGAGGGACUUAAAGAAGCUCAAAGCCCUGUUGAGGGACGCUCAGACCGUGCAGGAACAACGUACCGACAGUCAGGCAAACAGGAUAGCCAUGCGGCAACUGCGGAACCAACUAGAGGACGCGGAAAGCGCCAGGGAUUCGGCCAUCAAAGCAAGGCUGAUGACCGAAACAGAUUUGGCCGAAGUGACAGCAACGUUGGACGAAGUGCAAUCGGCCAAACGUAUCGCUGAAGAACGAGCUGCCACUCUGGCUCGGGACAAGAACCAUCUGCAGAGUCAACUAGACGAGAACGAGGAGGAACUGGCCGAGGUUCUGAAGAAAUACAGGGGCACGGUUCACCAGUUGAGCGCGGAACAAGCUACGCAGCAAGAACAAGCGAGCCGCAUAGCCGAGCUGGAAACGGACAAGGGCAACCUGCAAGAGCGUUUGGCCGAGCUCACUUUCCGGUUGGGCAAUAUGGAGACCCACGGUGACCCGGCGGGCUCGUUGAACCUAAAACGCUUGCAGUUGCGGGUCACCGAAUUUGAGUCGAAACUGCAGCUGGAACAGACCACUCGUGCCAGGUUGGAGGUGCAAAUAGCCAGGUUGAAAGAGGCGGCCGAAAGACUGGAGAGCGAACGAGAGGCGGCCCAGAGCAAGGAAAAUGCGGCCCUGGAGACUGUGCGUAAAAUGCAGAGAUCCCUGAGGGAAGCCCGGGAGUCGAUGGCUGAGCGGGAGACAAAAGAAUCGGCCGACUCCAACAGAAAGAGAGCUUUGGAAAAACGGGCGGAACAAGCCGAGGCGGAAGUGUCCACCGUCAAGGCGGAUCUGGCUUUGGCGCUGCAGCGAAUUGACGACUUGCAGGCCGCCAUGACGGGUGACCUGGAAGAUGAUGACGAAUUCCAAUCGGACAGCGAUGACGAUGAUGGAGACAGUGACGAUUCUGUUAACACGUUCCUGGCCAAUCAGGGAACAAGAAACACUAGCGUUUUACAACAACAAAAAAGCGUCGAUUCAAAUUAAUGGCAAUCUAGUGGAAUUUGCAAUAAUAUUUCAACCGAACUAUAAUCGAACACAUUUUUAUUUUUCAAUUAGAAAUUGUAUAAAUCUAUUUAUUUGUGAAUUAUAUUUUUAUUAUUUUCUAAUUACGCGUCUAAAUAGUGAUUAAAUAUUGAUUAUUUAUGUUGCCCAUUUAGCUCUCUAUUAUACCCUCCCCACCCAAGUCUUCCAACCAUUGGACUUAAACGCAUCCGCGAACAAACACCAUUGUAUUAUAAUAUUUGUUAACCGUCCACCGACAACUUAAUGUCUUUUUUUUGUUUGUUUAUUAUGACAUACAUUAAUUGUAUUUUUUGUACUGAAUUUAUGAAAUGAUUAUAUAUUAUGUAAUAAAUGUUGAAAUUUUUUUUCUUAAUGUUA